CUUAGCUCCUCCCCCCCACCCUCUGUGCAGGGUGUCUGAGGCUCAGUGAGGAAGAGGAGUGAUUCUCCUUCUUGCUGCUCCCCUCUCUAGGUCCAUCUGCACCUCUCUGCCUCUGCUCCCUGUCACAGUGCAGAGCUGCUGAAUCAGCCCAGCUCUACAAUGGUAAGAGGGCGAAUGUUGGCUGUGUGUCUGCUGUGCUGGAGCUGCACACUAUGUGUGGUUACAGCCAUCCAGAGGGCUGAUAUGUUUCCUUACGGCACUUUAAGUGGAGAUUUAAUUCUGGCAGAGGGCGACGAUGAAACCUCCAGAGUGCUGUCCCUGCCCAAACCCUUAUACUUCUACAGCUCCCCCUUCUCCCAGCUAUAUGUGGCCACCAAUGGCAUCAUAUCAGCCCAGGAUUUGCCAAUGGAAAAGCAAUACGUUGAUGACAACUUCCCCACAGAUUUCCCUGUGGUGGCCCCAUUCCUGGCUGACAUUGACACCAGCGGAGGCCGAGGGCAGAUUUACUACCGGGUGACUGAAACUCCCAGCGUACUCAACAGAGUGGCCCAGGAUGUACAUCGAGGGUUUCCAGAUGCAAAAUUCACACCCACACACGCUGUAGUGGCAACAUGGGAGAACGUUGCAGCAUAUGAAGAACCUUCAAACAAGGUCAAUACAUUCCAGGCAGUAAUUGGUUAUGAUGAGACCGACUCAUAUGUUCUCUUCCUUUACCCUGAAGGUGGCCUGAACUUCUUUGGGACACGACCCAAGGAGCCUUAUAAUGUUAAGAUAGAGCUUCCUGCUAGAGUUGGCUUCAGCAGAGGGGAAAUUACAUAUUUUUUUGUCUCUCGAACCGAGGGACCAUACUACAGUGUUACAAGUGACGAGCAGAGUGUUAAAUACCUGUACCAGGUUGGUAAUACAGGAAUUCCAGGUGUUUGGCUUUUCCACACUGGGAACCGUUACUCUUUUGACAACAUUGCUCCUGCAUCCACUGGUGGCCUCCUGGCUACUGCACCAACUGGAGGACAUGGCCUCUCCCUGGACACCACCACUCCUGAGCAUGCUGAAUUUGAGGAAUAUCCAGAUAAUACCUUCAACCCUGAUAUCCAUGAAGAAGAUGAUUACCCUCUGACAGGCAGGGACAAAUUCCAGCCAGCUCCUGAUGGUGGUGACCACUCAAGGCCUCUUCAGCCAGCAAGUCCUGAUACUCCCUCCUCGCCUGCUGAAGAUUCUGGUCAUCAGGUGCCAUAUGUCAGUGAAGAUGUACCACUGACCUCUGAACCCAGGUAUGGUUCAGAACCAGCAGAGAGGCAGUAUCGUCCCCCUGAUCCUCCAGAGAUGGCAGCAGAGGAAGGUGCUCAGCAAACUGAAGAACAGCAACCACAGGCUCCUCUGGAGGUGCUGGAUGUGUACCCCCCUCACAGAAAUGAACCACGUCUUUCCCCUGGAGGUCACAUAGUCAGCGUGGAUACAGAAGAUGUUGAUUUUGACUCAGGAGUGAUUCGUUACACACCAGAGAGUAGAGAAACAUGUGCCAGAUUUCAACAGCAGUGCGCUCAGAAUGCAUUUUGUUCAGACUACGCCACAGGCUUCUGUUGUCACUGCGAGCCUGGCUUCUAUGGAAAUGGACGCCACUGUCUACCAGAUGGUGCUCCCCAGCGUGUUAGUGGUAAGGUGAGCGGAACUGUGACAGUGGGAUCGACUCUAGUAACACUGAACAACAUUGAUCUCCAUGCCUACAUUGUUGUGGGAGAUGGGAGAGCAUACACGGCCAUCAGUGAGGUCCCUGAGCCAGUGGGCUGGGCUCUGAUGCCAGUUGCAGCUAUAGGAGAAUUGUUUGGAUGGCUGUUUGCUCUGGAGCUGCCCAAUAGCCAAGCUGGAUUCAAAGAUACAGGUGCUGAGUUCACUCGUAAUGCAGAGGUGAUCUUUUACCCUGGCAACCAGCAUCUGUCAAUUGUCCAGACGGGCCGUGGCCUUGACAAUCAUAACCACCUCACCGUGGACACUGUAGUCAGUGGCAACGUGCCCUUCUUGCCUCCUGGAGCUGAAGUUACUAUGGAUCCCUUCAAGGAGACCUACCAGUACUACCCUUCCGUUGUCACUUCCAUCUCUAUGAGGGAGUUUUCACUAGUUUCAGCAGAGCGAGGCUCAGAGUCCUUCUCCUUUCAGCUGAAACAGAACAUCACCUUCCGUGACUGUCAACAUGCCACCCGUGCUGCCACCCUGGAGACUCUGCAGCUCACCGUGGAGAGGGUGUUUAUGAUGUAUGUGAAGGAAGAGAGGGUCCUUAGAUAUGCCAUCACCAACAAGAUCGGCCCAAUUGGAGCGGGGCAGGGGCUGGUGAACCCCUGCUACUCUGGGAACCAUAACUGUGACACCACGGCCCAGUGUAUCCCAUUAGAGGACCAGGCCUUCCAGUGCCAGUGUGCUACUGGUUACAGAGGGGAUGGACGCAACUGUUAUGACAUAGAUGAGUGUGCUGAGGGGUUGACGUCAUGUGGUGCUCAUGCUCAGUGUGUGAACCUGCCUGGUAGCCAUCGUUGCCAGUGCCAGAGCGGCUAUGAGUUUGGCUAUGAUGGACGUACCUGUGUUGAUAUAGAUGAGUGCAGCUCCUCUCCAUGUCACAUCAACGCCAGAUGUAUCAACGGACUGGGAUCCUUCCAGUGUCGGUGCCAGCCUGGGUUUUAUGGUGAUGGCUUCUAUUGUACCCGACAGGAAGGACAAACAGUUCGACCUAAGAGCCAGUGUGAGCUGCACAGAGACAGUCUGCAGAGUGGAGUGCACCUUAGCGGACGGCCGAGUCUCGGAGCCUUCAUCCCUCAGUGCGAUCCUGAUGGACGGUACCGACCGCUGCAGUGCCACAGCUCCACUGGACAUUGUUGGUGUGUGGACAAUAGGGGACAGGAGAGAGUAGGAACCAGGACUCCACCUGGUACAGCACCCAAAGACUGUGACAGACCAGAUAUACCAAUACACCCUAAAACUCACUGUGAACACCACAGAGACAGCAUACAGACCACCAGUCCAGACGGAUAUCCUAUAGUUGGAGCCUAUGUACCUCAGUGUGACAAUGAUGGACAGUACACACCACUACAGUGUCAUAGUUCCACUGGAUAUUGUUGGUGUGUGGACAGUCAGGGACAGGAGAGAGCAGGAACCAGGACUUCACCUGGUUCACCACCUAAAAACUGUGGCAGACCAGAUGAACCAGCACCUCCUAAAACUCACUGUGAACAGCACAGAGACAGCAUACAGACCACCAGUCCAGAGGGAUAUCCUCUAGUUGGAGCCUAUGUGCCUCAGUGUGACGCUAAUGGACAGUACACACCACUACAGUGCCACAUUUCCUCUGGAUAUUGCUGGUGUGUGGACAGCAGGGGAGAAGAGAGACCAGGAACCAGGACUCCACCUGGUACAGCACCCAAAGACUGUGACAGACCAGAUGAACCAGAGCGUCCCAAAACUCACUGUGAGCAGCACAGAGACAGUGUACACACCACCAGUCCAGAUGGAUAUCCUGUACCUGGUGUGUUUGUACCUCAGUGUGAUGCAGAAGGACAGUACACACCUCGACAGUGCCAUGGUUCCAUUGGGCAUUGCUGGUGUGUGGACAGCAAUGGACAGGAGAGACCAGGAACCAGGACUCAACCUGGUGCACCACCUGUAGACUGUGACAGACCAGAUGAACCAGAGCGCGCCAGAACUCACUGUGAGCACCACAGAGACAGCGUACAGACCACCAGUCCAGAGGGAUAUCCUAUAGUUGGAGCCUAUGUACCUACUUGUGAUGAUAAUGGACAGUACACACCAUUACAGUGCCAUGGCUCUACUGGACAUUGUUGGUGUGUGGACAGUAGGGGAGAAGAGAGACCAGGAACCAGGACUCCACCUGGUGCACCAGCUGUAGACUGUGACAAACCAGCAGUAUCGAUACGUCCUAAAACUCACUGUGAACACCACAGAGACAGCGUACAGACCACCAGUCCAGAGGGAUAUCCUCUAGUUGGAGCCUAUGUACCUCAGUGUGAUGAUAAUGGACAGUACACAACAUUACAGUGCCAUGGCUCUACUGGACAUUGUUGGUGUGUGGACAGCAGGGGAGAAGAGAGACCAGGAACCAGGACUCCACCUGGUACAGCACCCAAAGACUGUGACAGACCAGAUGAACCAGAGCGUCCCAAAACUCACUGUGAGCAGCACAGAGACAGUGUACACACCACCAGUCCAGAUGGAUAUCCUGUACCUGGUGUGUUUGUACCUCAGUGUGAUGCAGAAGGACAGUACACACCUCGACAGUGCCAUGGUUCCAUUGGGCAUUGCUGGUGUGUGGACAGCAAUGGACAGGAGAGACCAGGAACCAGGACUCAACCUGGUGCACCAGCUGUAGACUGUGACAAACCAGCAGUACCGAUACGUCCUAAAACUCACUGUGAACAGCACAGAGACAGCGCACAGACCACCAGUCCAGAGGGAUAUCCUCUAGUUGGAGCCUUUGUACCUCAGUGUGAUGCAGAAGGACAGUACCUACCUCGACAGUGCCAUGGUUCCACUGGACAUUGCUGGUGUGUGGACAGCAGGGGAGAGGAGAGACAAGGAACCAGGACUCCACCUGGUGCACCACCUGUAGACUGUGACAGACCAGUGCCUGUGGCUCCAACCGAGCGUCCUGAGAGUGUGUGUGAGCGAUGGAGGGCCAGUUUGAUAGAGCAUUAUGGUGGAAAACCAGAGCCACAACAAUAUAUGCCUCAGUGUGAGCCAGAUGGACAGUUCAGUCCGGUCCAGUGUUAUGGAGAGACCACUUACUGCUGGUGUGUCGACCAGGACGGCCGUGAGGUUCCUGGUACUCAAUCAAAUGAUGUUGUCAAACCUUCAUGCCUUCCCUCAGUGGCCCCGCCCACCAGGUGGCCACUUCCCCGCCCAGAUGUGACCCCACCAACCCAUGCUGAUGUCACGCUGCUGUACGCUCAGGGGCAGAAGAUAGGAGCGCUGCCUCUCAACGGGACCAGACUAGAUGCAACCCGGUCCAAAACGGUGCUGGCCCUGCAUGGCUCUAUAGUUGUUGGUAUAGCCUAUGAUUGCAAAGAGAACCAAGUCUAUUGGACAGACUUGUCUGCAAGAACAAUUAACAGAGCUUCAAUGGCACCUGGAGCUGAGCCUGAGAUACUCAUUAACACAGAUCUGGUCAGUCCUGAGGGUUUGACAGUGGACGUUAAUCGUAGGUUGAUGUUCUGGGUCGACUCAAACCCUGACAUGAUUGAAAGCGCCAACCUAGAUGGCAGCGGCAGGCGGACACUGUUUGACACAGACUUGGUCAACCCCCGGGCCAUCAUAGUGGUCUCUUCCACCGGCACUCUGUAUUGGACAGAUUGGAACAGAGAGGCUCCCAAGAUUGAGAGCUCGUCAGUGAACGGUCAAAACCGCAGGGUGGUGGUGUCUGAUGGCAUCGGUUUGCCCAACGCUCUCACGUACGACUCUUCAGCUGGACAAAUCUGCUGGGCUGAUGCAGGCACAAAGCGUUUAGAGUGUGUCUACCCAGACGGUUCGGGGCGGAGAGUGAUCCACCCCAACCUCAACUACCCGUUCAGCAUGGUCUACUACAGGAACCAUUUCUAUUACACAGACUGGAGGAGGGAUGGCGUGAUCGCAGUGAACAAAGCUAGCAAUCAGAUCACUGAAGAAUACCUGCCUGAGCAGCGCUCUCACCUGUACGGCAUUGCCAUAGCAACCACCAACUGUCUAUCAGGGAGACAUUAACAACAGCCUGGCAGCUGCAGGGUCCUUAUGGUGCUACAGUUCUGGGGCAGUUCCUGACCAGAGGGCAGGAUCACUAUCCCCAGUGUCCCUCAGCGAAACAGUCAGUCAGCAGGGAGCAAGAUGGCUUCCUCUUGCCAGCUUGACCAUCAGAGCAAAUUUACAACACCUCCACCCACCCCAGCCCCACUAUCUCACCUUUAAGAUAUAACCCCAAUUGUUUUGUAAAUUUGUUUUAUACCUCAUUUUUAGUUUUUUGUAUGUAUUGUUUUCUAUUGAUUAAAACUACAAUGAAUGAUGAAAUCCAAUUUUAAAAUGCAAGUCAAUGUAGGUUUUUGUUCUUUAAAGCCAAAGAAAAAUAACAUUAAGAGCUUUAAAAGUUCAGUUGUAAAGCUGAGCAUAAGCUGGCCACACUGGCUUACAAUUCAGUUUCACCAGUCUAAUUAUUUGGCAUUUAGACUGGUUUCUGGAAAGAAAUAAACAAAGGGUUAAAGGAAUAGUUUGACUUUUUGGAAAAUACCCAUUUGUUUCCUGAGUAAGAUGGUUUGUUUGAUACCACUCUCACAUCUAUGCUAAAUAUGAAACUAGCAGAUGAGCCAGAGGACCGUUAGCUUAGUAGCAUGAAUACUGGAAGCAGGGAGACAGCUAGUUUGGCUCCACCAAGGUAAUUAACAUUAUAUCUGGUUUAAUCUGUACAAAAACUGAAAUGAUAAAUCAAGUUGUGGUUUUAAGGGGAGUUGCCUGCUAUUUCCUGUCAGGUAACCAGGCCAGCCAGUUGCUGCUGCUUUCAGUCUUUAUACUAGGCUAAUGUAAGUGAUGAGUGCCAGUCACAUUUCUCUGUAUUGCUAAUCUGCAUUUCACGCAAUGACACUACAUACCUCCCACAACCCCGUUUGGGACUGAGCGGUAUAGAAGAUGAAUGAAUAUUACAUUCCUUUGGCCUCAUUUUUAAUACCAUUUCUCAAAUUUUUAUCUUUUUACAAGGAGUGAUAU